UUGAAAUUUCAUCAACGGUGCGUCCGACAGCCACUGGAGAAUAGAAAUACUUCGCUUAGCUUGAGACGAGAUAAUUUUACCAAUGUUAUCCUUGCUGAAAGUAUUGGGACUUCUGUUGUUCCUUUCAGAAGCGAUUGGAGCUUCAAAUCGCUAUCGAGUAAUACAGAUUGCGAAACAGACUGGCAACAGCCACCGAAAGGAUACUCUUCGUAAUAAUGGAGCUGGAGUCAGAGACUACCAACCAAAAUUCAUUAGUACUGGAAUGCUUCAGUCGUAUUUAGAUUAUAAACGGAGUAAAACUACCACCACAAGUACAGAGGCGCCAACGAUGACAGGUACUCUAACCGGAACAGUCUCUGGUAAUCGCAAUACUCCGACCGGAACAACAGCAACCACCACUGAUACAGGCACAGGAACUGGCACCGGAACUGGUACCACAACAGGCACAGGAACUGGAACAGGAACUGACACUGGAACUGAUACUGGAACCGGAACUAAUACUGGAACUGGUACCGGGACGGGCACAAACACAGGACGCGCUCCGAGACCUUGGAGAAGGCAGAACGAAGUGGUAAAGAAAGAAAUUAUAUACAAGAUAAUAACUAAGAAGGAAGAAAAACCUAAAAAGGAGAAGAAGCAGGACCCGGAAGUUCCUAAACGGAUUGUUAUGGUAACAGAAAGCCGGAAAUAUCGAGGUUAAAGGGAAUUAUUUUUUUUGUGGAAUCCUGUUCUGGUGUAUAAAGGCAGUAAAUUGAUGAGUGGAAUAAA